AUGAACACCAAUACGUUACCAAAUAUAAUCAUCGAUGGACAAGAUACGAUUAUUAAUAAUACUGAUGUUGUUAUUGAUGGUAAUGAAAGUAAUGACACAUCAAACGAAGAAAAAACAUUUUAUUCUAAGUUAAACAUGUAUAAAGAAAGUUUAAAGUAUCCCGAAAAAGUGAUGAUAUCAUUUGAUUAUUAUCAAAAUAUAAUACAGUGUUUGAAACAACCUAAAAGUGGUAAAGCAAUUGGUAUUGAUGCUAAAUUCCAUUUUUGGUGCAAGAAGCAUUUUAAAAUUGAUAUGACUUCAGGAAUUGAAAUGUUAUGUUCGGUAAAGAAUGGUCGCCGAAUUGUUGUUAUCGAAUCAUAUUUUGUUGUUUUAAAAGAUAUACAUAAAAAAACUGGUCAUGGUGCCCGUGAUAAAAUGCGCCAUGAAAUGAAUGAACACUAUUACUGGAUGCCCACUCAAGUUAUUGAUAUUUUUUUACAAUGUUGUACAUCUUGUAUAGUUAGAAAGUCUUUUAAAUUACCUGUUACACCUUCAGCUAUUGUAUCAGUUGGCUUCCUAACUCGUCUUCAAAUAGAUCUUAUUGAUUUUCGUACACGACCUGAUAAAGAUUCUCAAUGGAUUCUUCAUUGUCGUGAUCAUUACUCGAAAUAUUCUUGGGGUUAUGCAUUGAUAUCAAAAGAAGCUCAACGUAUUGCUGAUCAUCUUUUAUCAUUAUUCUAUCAAUUUGGACCUUGCAAAAUUUUACAAUCAGACAACGGCCGUGAAUUCACGGCCAGUGUCAUUAAAAAUCUUAAAAAUUUUUGGCCUGGACUGAUCAUCAUCAACGGAAGACCUCGACACCCCGAGAGUCAGGGAUUAGUCGAGAGAGGAAAUGCAACUUUAUGUCAAAUAUUAGGUAAGCUUAUGGAAGAUCAAAAUACAACGUGUUGGACAACAUGUCUUCUUCCCGCAAUAUAUUCUAUGAAUACGAGCUUGGCCCGUGGUGUAAAUAUGGCUCCAUACCAAAUAGUUUUUGGACAAAAACCUAGACUCGAUCAUGAACUAUGGAAAUUAAUAGAGGAGCAAGAUAUUGAAUUUGAAGAAGAUUUACCAGCUUCUAUUCGUGAAAGUCUUGCUGGAGAUGGUACAUCAGAAUCAACUGAACCAUCACAAGCAACUCAACCAAUACAAGAACCUGAACCACCACAAGCAACUCAACCAUUACAAGAACCUGAACCAACACAAGUAAUUGAUACAUCAAAUAAUAGUAGCAAUGUGGAAACGAAACAAUUUGAUGAACAAACUGAUGAUGACAUAACCUCAACCACUUCUCGACAUUCAGAAAUUCGUAAACGAGCAACAAAAACAUAUUUGUCCAAUGCAAAUAAGAAAAUUAAAAUUCAUGAUGAAUUUAUAAAAGAUUUGUCUUUGAAAUGUUUAAUCGGUGAAUAUGUUGGUAUUAAAAUCAAUAAAGUUGAUCGAACAAACACCGAUCCAAAAAUUUUGCCUGUCGUUGUUUUAGAAAAAAAAGAUGAUAAAAUUAAAGUUGCAUGUGAAUUUGGCAUUAUUAACCAGUGGUGGUCUUUGGAUUCUGUUGCAUUACUAUCAACUGUACCAGAAAAUUUAGUUAAUUUACAAAAAAAUGAAUUAAAAGAAAUAUCUUUCAUAACUGCUUCAAGAUUAUUUGUUCGUGGUGGUAUAAAUGGAGUUACUUGCUCAUGUAAAGGUGGUUGUAAGACAAAACAAUGUCCAUGCCGGGAAAAAAGCGUACCUUGUUCCACAAAAUGCCACAAAAACGGUGUUCGUUGUGUGAAUUUAGAAUUAGAUGAUAAAAUAUGA